CGUAAACAAACUUUGCGGUUAGUCUGCAUCUGGGGUGCGCAGAACGACCGGUUCUUUUGUGUGCAUCGAUUGACAAAGAGUGCACAAAAUGACGCCGAAUGUAAAGGACGAUGGGGCCUGGAAAGUAUCGGGAAUAUCGAGGAAAUAUCCGAGCUAUCGACAGCAUAGACCGAUUACCAGUGAAAGCUGGCUGGAGGGAAAAAAUUUCGAUGACGAGGCCGAAGGUCUUUGGCGCAUUAACGAUAAGCUCUACGACUUAAGCGACUUCGCCGCUCGCCAUCCGGGUGGUUCUUCUUGGAUUGAGUGCACCAAGGGCACGGAUAUCACAGAGCCCUUCGAGUCACAUCAUAUCGAGGAGCGAGCUCGAGGAAUGCUGAGCAAGUUCGAAGUGCGACAGGCUGCAAGGCCGAGAAACUACAAGUUUACUCUAAAAGAAAAUGGUUUUUACAUAACACUGAAGCGGAGAGUGCGUGAAAAGCUAAGGAAGAUCGAUUACUCUCCCACUAAGAAAACAGAGUUUCUCCAUCUUGGUAUCUUAGUGUCCGUCUUCCUCUUUAGUUGGGCAGGCACAGUUCUGGACUCAUUGAUUUUCAAGGGUUUGGCUGGAUUGGCCCUUUGCUGGGUGGCCACCUCGACCCACAACUAUUUCCAUCAACGGGACAGUUGGCGGAUGUACACUUUUAAUUUGACCAUGAUGAACUUCCGGAACUGGCGGAUUUCACACGCCCUAUCGCACCAUGUUUACGCUAAUUCUCUGCACGACCUGGAGAUGUCCAUGUUUGAACCUUUUCUAUGCUGGAUUCCGGAUCGUCAUUAUGCCAGUAAAACACAGCGACUUAUCUCUGUGAUGAUCAGUCCGGUGGUAUACGUAGUCCUGUUUCAAGGACAAUUUCUCAUACGUUUGGUCCUUUCCCUGACUAAAGGAAACGUUCUGCACUGGGAUGAUCUCAUUGGAUUCAGUCUGCCCACGUUUAUAUAUUUAUCAACUGGUGUUGACCUGCUGAGUGCACUAAUAAGCUGGCAAAUAAUAAUUGCGGUUGGGAGCUUCAUCUUCGGAUUUAUUGGUCUCACUGCUGCCCAUCAUGAUCCUCGCAUUCUACACGAUGGGGAUGCCCAACGAAAGGACUUCGACUGGGGUCUUUAUCAGGUGGACACGAUUAUUGAUCGCGGAGACAUCAAGUGGUCGGAUCUUCUGGUGCUCACCCACUUUGGGGAGCAUGCUCUGCAUCACCUAUUCCCCACGCUGGAUCAUGGAGUGCUGAAGCACCUGUAUCCUGAGUUCAGGAAAACAAUGAAAGAGUUCCACGUGGAACUGCGGGAGAUCAAUCACUGGGGUCACAUUAAGGGACAAAAUCAGCAAUUGCUUAGAAUAGACAAGAAUCCACUUCCACCGGGUAAUAAAAAGUUGAAGUAGGUGGGGCUAUAAUUAUAACUGGGGAGGGAAAUGGUUUAAAUAGUUCAUUAUACCAAAUAAUAAUGACUUAGUUAAGGAAAAGUCUAGAUAUAAAAAAGAAGAUAUCCAUUAAAUAAAAUGUGGCUAACGGACUCGUUGCAGCUCUCUGAUGUCUACGCAAUACGUUCACUUAUCAAAAAAACUUUGUUCAAUUCUCUUUCUCUUUUUGUUAAGAGAACUUUUCGCAUUUUCGCUAUUUUAGGUCGUUUGGUACGCAUAUUUACAAUUAUAUAAUUUAUGGUUGGGAUUAUGAGGUGCGUAAAGACCAACAACCACCUCUGAUACAUUUAUAUAAAAUAAGUUGAGAGAUCAGUAGGUGCUAUGAACGUGUAAUAAUUUUAUUUGAGUAGACCCACGUAAAUGGUUGUCUACGCCGAGUGACCAUUCGAUAAUACGCUUUUGCUGAGUCACCCUGACAAAGCCAUUGGAACACGAAUUGGAAACCCAAAAUAUAUGUUCAUUGACUUCUGAAUAAAAUGGAUUUGUCGAUCGA